GAAGGGGGCGUGGCAGAACCUGGAGAGCAGCCGCCGCAGCCUGGUUUGCAUGGUCGGUUGGCAGGAGCCGAUGGUCUUCGUAGGCCUCGCAUGGCGUCGGCGAAGGUUCCUUCCCAUGCAAUCCCUGAGCAACGGCUGCAACAGGCUCGCACUUUUAAGGAGGAAGGGAACCACUGCUACAAAGAAGGACGUUUUAGGGACGCCGUGAGCCGUUACCAUUGGGCUUUGCUGCAAAUUAAGGGCCUCGACCCCAACAUGCCUUUCCCCCUGCAGGAGUUCAUGGCUGACAAGCCGGCCAUGACAGCAGACCAGGAGAAAGAACUCUACACCAUCCGGUGCGAUUGCUACAAUAAUCUUGCCGCUGACAACGUCAAGGCACUGUACCGAGCCGGUGUGGCGUUCUACCACCUGGGGAAUUACGACAAAGCACAACAUUACCUGUUGUCGGCAACCAGCCGGCAGCCCAAAGAUGCGAACGUCAAACGUUAUCUGCAGCUGACCAAAUCACAGCUCAGUAUUUAUCUUCAGCAAGAAAAACAGUUGUACAUGGGAAUGUUUGGGUAGCAAAAACCAGCCGUCCGUGAAAAUCUCCAAGGUUGCAAAUCGUACAUUUCUGGUUUUAUUCUUGUGGACGACACGCAAUCGAUCGAUUCUGAAGUUAGGUAGUGCCUUGGAAAAAAAUGCUAAUAGCCAGCCCACCUAGGAAUAACACUUAUCAACCAAAUGUCCUCAGUAUCCAUUUCCAACACGUUUCCUUCCUCCUGUUUGUUCAUAAAAUCUUGUGAGAAAUUCA